UCAAUCACACCAGCUGCUCUAAUUUGAGCUCAUAGCGCAACUGGGCUGAUAUGGACAUGAGUCAUAUGCUGAAAACAGACUGGACGUGACUUCUGGGAGGAGGAGCGGUAGGACCAUGGCUGCUGGGGCUACGGUUGGGGAGAGCCAGCUCCAGAGGAUUAUCCGAGAUCUACAUGAGGCUGUUGGGGAGCUUGCUAAAGAGCAUAAGGAAAACGGGGAGCCUAUUACAGAUGACAGCACCAGCCUGCACAAAUUCUCCUACAAACUGGAGUACCUGCUACAAUUUGACCAGAAGGAGAAGACAACAUUUCUUGGCACAAAAAAAGAUUACUGGGAUUACUUCACUGAUUGCCUGGCUAAAAUCAAAGGCGCCAAUGAUGGCAUUCGCUUCGUCAAAUCCAUAACGGAGCUGAAGACGUCGCUAGGGAAGGGCCGGGCGUUCAUUCGUUACUCCCUCGUGCACCAGCGAUUGGCUGACACUCUGCAGCAGUGCCUCUUGAACCAGAGAGUCACCAGCGACUGGUACUACGCAAGAAGCCCAUUUUUAAAGCCUCACCUCAGUGUGGAUAUCAUCAACCACUUGUACGAACUCAACGAGAUUCACUUUGAUGUCGCGUCCAGAGGCUAUGACCUCGAUGCCUCCUGGCCCACCUUUGCUAGGAGGACACUGGGAGGGGCAAGCUCACCUGGACACACAUGGAAACCACCCAGUCGCAGUUCCAGUAUUAACAGUUUGGCCAGCAGUUACUCCCAGCAAGCAUCUGAGUUGCUCUCCAGCCCCGACUAUGGUCAGGGUUUGCUGAAUGACCUGAACGACUCCCUGCCUGCCUGCAGCGAAGACGUCAGCACAGUGGAAGAACUUCGUCUGGAGCUGGACCGCUCCGAUCUGAAGCAGCAGGAGCUCCUGAAUAAAAUGCAGCAGCUGAGCGCGGAGGCUGAGGAGCUCAGAGGGGUUGUGGUGGAGCUCCAGAGGCAGCUGGAUACAUCACUCACCGCGCAAGAGGAGCAACGAGGUUUGCAGGGAGAGUUAAAAGGUCUGCAAGGCAGAGAGGAGAGCCUUUCCAGAGAGGUGGAAAAGCUCAGGUCUGUCGAAAAAGCCACGGAGGCCGAGCAGCUCCUCCUCCAGGAAAAGCUGGCGGCCUCUGAGGGGAAGAACAUCGAGCUGCUGGCCAAGUUGGACGGAGUUCUGAGUGAGAAGGGCCAGCAGGCGGCCAGUCACUUUGAUUCUGCGCAAAAGAUACACGAGUUGUUGGACAGCUUGAAGGAGGCAGAGAAGGGCAAGAUGGAGGCCGUUGCUGAGGCCGAAGAGAAGAAGAGGCAGACGGAAAGGGCAGAGGAGCAGCUGCGGGUUAAGGAAGCUGCGGCAAAGGAUGUUGAAACAAAGCUCAGAGCGCAACUUGCAUCUGAGUCUGAAGAAAAAGGCAAACUGCAGACCAGACUAGAGGAACAGUGCCACGCCCUUGAAAAGCUCCAAGGCGCCUUGACACUGCGAGACAAAGAGGCCAGCAACUUACAAAGGCAGCUGCAAGACCUCCAAACAUCUCUGGAGGAGAAGGACAAAGAGGCGCAAGAGGUGAAAAGGAGAGCACAAGAGGGCCUGGGUAGCCAGAGGGAGGCUUUAGAAGGAGAAAUUGCCACGUUGAAAAAGCAGUGGGAGGUUAAAGAAGCAGAGCUGACCACCAGCUGCCAAAAGCUGCAACUUCUCGAAGACCACUGCCAAAGCCUGAGUGCCGAGAAGGACACGCUGACCCCAAAGCUUGACAACCUAGAGAGUUGCGUUCGAGAGAAAGACGCAAAGAUAGAAGACUACAAGACGCAGUGUGCCAAUCUAAUAGAAUUAAAUGAGAAACUGCUGAGCUCGGCAAAGAAAAACGACGAGCUUAAGAAGGAGAUGGCAGAGAACCGAGCAACCCUCGAAGGUGAAUUAGCAUCUCUUAGGGCUUCUAAGAAACAACUACGGAGACAGCUGGACGAUGCCAAGAUGACUGUGGGUGAAAAAGAAAAAGGGUUGCGAGAAGAGAAUCUCAAACUGGAGGAGAGUCUGCAGAAUGCCAACAUGGCCGCCAAGCUCUCAGAUGACAAGUCUAAGCAUCUCGAGGAGGAGAACCAGAGCCUGAGAGAGGAGCAGGACACGGUGAAACAAUCUCUGUUUCUCAUGCAGGCCGACUUGAAGAGCGUUCACGGGCAGAUCGGCGAGCUGGAGAAGAGCUUAGGAGACUCGCGGAAGAAUGAAGCCAGCCUUCAAGAGCAACUGCGGGCCGCGGAGGCGCAGCUCCAGGCUAAAGAGAAGAACCUUCUUGAGGUCCAGUCCAGGGUGCUUACUCUAGAGUCCAUGGAGAAGGAGCUGAAAUUGGCAAAAGCAGCUUGCGAAAAACAAAGCGAAAUGACCGAAGCGGUUACGUGUGAGAAGCAGGCGAUGGAAAAGUGUCAGCUGGAGAGGAGCGCCGUUCAGGCAAAAGAGAACCAGGAAGCGGUCAUCAAGCUGACCGUGAUGGAGGGCCAGUUGGAGGUGAACAUGAAGGAAGUGUCCAGACUCCAGGCGGACAUCCUCAACCUCAAGGUGAACUUGCAGCGAUCGGAGGAGGAGAAGCUCAAGUCCCAAGCGCAGCUGGAGGUGACCGAGGCCCAAAGGGAUGAGCUCCGGACUCUGACCGAGCAGCUCAAAGUCCAGACCGAGGCCUUGAACCAAAAGCACGUCGCCGAGCUCCUCGAGUGCAAAAAGAAAGAAGAGGCGCUAACCGAGCAGCGGGACCGAGAGAUGGCCGCCCACGCCGAGCUGUCCAUCUCCGCCGCCGCCCUCCGAGAGGAGAUGGCUGCCCUUAAAGCCGACAACAACCGUCUCGCCCUUGAGAUCACCGAAACACGGGAAGGCUUGCACAGGGCCAACACAGAGAUGGCCGAGCUGGGGAUGAGCAUCUGUAAGCUAAGCGCGGAGAAAGACGAAGCCAAGAAGAACUGGGCCGACGACACCGUCGCCAUGGAGGAACUAAGGCAUGAGGUUGAGCGCCUGGAGGAAUGCGUGGGCCAGUUGCAGCUCGAGAAUGAAAGACUGGAAGCGGAGCUGAACCACAAAGAGAAACUCCCAGAAGCUAUCGCCAAACUUCAAGAACAGUUGGGACAAAGCAGCAACCAGCUGCAGAACCUCAAAGUCUCCAACCAGGAGGAGAUGAAAUCCCUGAAGUUCCAGAUGAGCUCGGAAAACAUGACCCAUCAAGCCCAGAUGAAGAAUGUCGAGAAGCAGCUCUCCGACGUCAAAAGCCAGCUUCAAGAGGAGAACGAGAAGGUGUCGCGUUUGCGGGAAAGGGUGUCGGAACUUGAGGCUGAGAAUGAGCAGUACCUGCAGCUGGGCGGCGAGAAAGACGCCCACAUCACCAAGACUGAAACGUCGGUUCGCGAGAGCGACGAUGCCAUCCACCAGCUGAGAGACGCCCUCGCCAGUGCCGAAAGCUCACACUUGGCCUCGCAAAAUGAAUGCGAGGCGUUGAAGCGGGAACUGACCGCGACCCAAGACACCCAACAAAAUCAGCACCUGAAGAUGACUGCCGAGAUUGAUGACCUUAACAGGACUAAGGUCAAUCUGGAGGAGCGCCUCAUUGAGCUUAUAAGGGACAAAGAUGCUCUGUGGCAGAAGUCGGACGCGCUGGAGUUUGAGCAAAAACUGCGAGCGGAGGAGCGCUGGUGGUUGGUUGACAAUGAUGCCACUCACUGCCUCGGCUGUCAAGGCCAGUUCACCUGGUGGCUGCGCAGGCAUCACUGCAGACUCUGCGGCCGCAUCUUCUGCUACUACUGCAGCAACUACUAUGCGAUGAUCAAGCACAGCGGUAAGAAGGAGCGCUGCUGCCGGGAGUGUCACAGCGGAGUGAUGGAACGCUUCAUCGCCGCCGAGUUGAGCCCGUCCGAUCGGCAGCCUUCUCCACCGGGAGCCGAAGCCCAUCCUACUCCUGAGCCGGCCCCUGAUACACCCACUCCGAGUGUCACAGUUUCAGACCCGAGCAACAAGCCUGACGACGGCACUUUUGAUAUCAUCACAGAAGAGGAGGUAAACGGCGUCUACGACAGUGACGCGAACUCCCAGACCACCGGCGGCUCCUUUGAGGCAGAGCACGAGCAAAGGCCAUCCGGAUCCCUGAAUAUAGGCGUAGGAGAAUUAACCCCUGACGAGCCAGAGGAGAACGUUGCCACUGUACAGGAUUUGGAAAUCAACCUUCUCAAGUCCGGAGAACUCACGAUGACCGUCCCGCUCAGCAUCGAGGAUAUUUCCCAGUUUGGCGACGGCUCGCGGGAGCUCUUCAUCAAAUCCAGCUGUUACAGCGUGGUGACCGUUGCGGUGGCUGACGCGGGGCCGAGCAUCGGCUGGAUGUUUUCCUCGGAACCAAAAAGCAUUUCCUUUAGUGUGGUUUACCGGGAAAAUGCUGAUGAUCAAUUGGAGCGAUCAAAGGUUCUCAUUCCACUGACGCGCUGCAAUUCUCACAAAGAGACCAUUCAGGGACAGCUAAAAGUGCGUCGGCCGGGAACCUACGCGCUCAUCUUCGACAACUCCUUCUCACGAUUUAUCUCCAAGAAAGUCUUCUAUCAUCUGACCAUGGAAAAGCCCAUCAUCUACGAUGGAAGCGACUUCCCCUGAAGCUUUGCCAACACUAAGUAUCACCAUGGCAACCGACGGGAGAUUACUAAAAAAAAAAACCUCAUGAAUGACAUUUUGUUUUUGUUUUAACCUGAAAAGGAAAACAAAAAUAUCACACCAAAUUUUCUGACAUGAGCAAUGAGCAAUGUUUAAAUGUACAGUUUAAUUGAUUUUAAUUUAGUCAAUUUUACAAUGGAGAAAUCUGCCAAAUGUCGAACUAUAAAAUAAGACUACAAAGACCGUGUUUUUUAAAAAAAAAAAAUGUUUUGCUACGCAACAUUAUUUUUAAAAUGUUUGCAAUCAGACACCCUCAAGAGGUCAAAAACAUUGAAAGGUUUUUCUUUUUCUUUUUUUGCAUUGGGACACUAUUUGCACUGUGCCCACUUCUCAGGAGUUUGGUAUAAAUAUGACACUUAGUUGUCAUUUCAUAUUUUUCUAUCCAGCAAAGCAAAACAUUAAAUGAGCACCACCAUCUUACUGUGGCGAGCUGCGACAAUUUGUUGCAGUACGUUGCUCUGUAGCUUCUAAGUGCCUAUCGACUCUUAACUGCAAAAGGGCUUCACUUUCGGACAACGUUGGCUGUUUGUGUAGGUUGGGUUUUAUUUCGUAAGUCUUUUUUGACAUGUUUUAAUAGCUUUUUUGUGUUCCUCGUAUUUGAAUUUUGUAUUUCGAGAAAAAACUGUUGGGUUCCAUUGAAAUAUCGUUCUUGUUAAAGCAUGGGCUGAUUGCUUCUAUUUUUGAUUGGUGCAAAUUUGUAUGCAAUGCUAUUUUUCACGACAGAGCUGCACUUGUUAAAUAUAUAAAAAGUUUUAAUGGUA